AUGGAAAACUCAACGGAAGUUUCAAUAAAUUGCGCACAAAUUCAGGCAACACCAUGGAAACAAGCACAUACAAUAUUCUGUUUUCACAGCAGCGCGCGAAAAACAAUUUCAAGCUCUGACCGCCAGAGAGGUAGGACUGCAGAAGAAUCACCAGUAAUAGAAGAACUAUAUAAACGUAUGAAGUUAGCAGAUUCAUUGAGUCUGACAAAGGGGCUCUUAGAAAGAACACAAGCAGUUAUAAUGUCUGAUUCAAGUGUUAAAACAUUAAAAAAAUAUAACCCACACAAGGCAAAUAAACUGUAUACAGUAAGGGGCAUUCAGAUUACUGUGCCUCUGGCAUAUGUGGUUCGCAUUGAUUGUCCAAUAAAAGAGCAGGUGGAGACAAUCAUAUGGCGCUUAUGGGAGUCAGGAAUAGGAGACCACAGUGACAGGGAAGUGGAGAGAAGAGAACUUAGAUACUGUACUCUACCUGAAGAUGUUCCCCAGCCGUUCACUCUCAGUCAGUUCAAAAUGGCUUUUUAUACUCUCUUCUUUGGACUCUGUUUGAGCAGUUUUGUGUUUUUGCUAGAAAUAGUCAACUAUAAAACACGUUUAAUGACAUGUCUUGAAGUAAUAUCAAAAAAAUGAUCACACUGUGUUUAGUAACAGCAUUACAGACUUUUGUUGUU